AUGUCCGUCGUAACAGAGAGAUGGGAUAUUUGCUAUUACACAAAUGACGCAAGUCAAAUCACUGGCACCAUUUUGUGUUCAGUCUCUUUGUUCACAUCGACUGCCAUAAGUGUGGACAGGCUUCUUGCCCUUAUAUUGGGGCUCAGAUACAGACAUAUUGUAACUAUGAGAAAAGCACAUAUAAGUGUAUUUUUUAUGUGGGUUUUCUCAGCUCUCAUUGGCGCAGCAACCUACGCUUUGGAUCCUCUAAUACUUGGCUGGUCUUCGUUUCUAACUAUAUUACUAUGUGUUGUCAUCUCAAGUCUGUGUUAUGCUAAAAUUUUCUUUACCUUACGACAAAGGCAAUUUCAAGUUCAAGACGGCGCUUUUCAAGGAAAACGGAACCAAACAAUUCCGCUGAAUAUAGCUCGAUACAGAAAGGCAGUCUACAAUUCACUGUGGGUACAGGUAACAUUGCUUGUUUGUUAUCUGCCUUUUGGUAUAGCUAUGGCCUUAAGGCCUGAAUCGCCUGAAAAAAGUAAGAUAACUUCCUCGGUUUACCUCGCAGGGGAAAUUACACUCUCUUUUGUUUUAGCAAACUCGUCAUUGAACCCCUUUCUUUAUUGUUGGAGGAUCAGAGAGGUAAGGAAAGCAGUUAAAGAGACAAUCAGAAACGUUUUCUGUUUAUCUUAUUAGGUUAUAUGCUAUGCUGGAUUCAUUAACUAGACGUCGGGCAGUAAGGAUAUAUCGCGUAAUGGAAACCCGAUCUCGGAGCCAAAGAUUUCGUACAGCGUUAAUAAAACAAUGAAACAACAAGAAAUUUUGCAAACAUUAUUGUUCAUCGGCGAGUAAGUCAAUUAUUAUCUUCAAUCUCAUUGUGCUUUCAAUAUGUUGGGUAACGAGGCUAAAAUAUAUAGAAAGUAAUGUAGAUUCGAUCACCUUAAAAAUCGUGUAACCCCUGGCUUUUAAACAACAAAUAAGAAGUUUCGUAAAGCUGUAAGAUAAUCCUCGUCAUCUUCUUGCUCAAGCCUUCAACCGGCAAGAAGAACAAUGUUUGGAAAGUCAAGCGAGGAGGACGAAUAAUUCAAUACUAUCUGAAUACAGCGAAAAAUUGACGGAAAAAGUACUCCUCUAAGUACGUAAAAAGUCUUCUUUGUUACCACGGAAAUUGAUCUCAGCUCACAAAGAGAAUUAAUGUCUUAAUAGACACAAUUACUUUCAAUUAUUGAUUAAAAUGGACAAAAAUCAGGACUCUAUUUGAAAUUGAUGCCAUAACUCAAAUGUAACUGUCACAUCGGGGAGAUUUAUUUCGAUCUUUAUGGAAAAGUAAACACUGAGUUUUUAAUGUUAGUACAGUGUUGAUAUCUCUGAUGAAAAAUUCGGGUAUGCCUACUGGUACCAAAAACAAAAAACAUAAUUCAUAAUUUAAAAACAAGAUGGAAUUUUCAGUAUUUUUUUCAAACAAUUAGUACAUGUCAGGUAGGAUAACGUACUGUAAAAUUUUGUUAAUCAAUGACGAUUCGGGUCAAACAUAGCAGCUGUUUAAAGAGCAUUAUUUCACUGAAUUGAUCUGCAUUUUAACGAAAUUUAAAUAUUUAGGGGGCAGUCUGCUGGUUAAAAACAUUAUUUUUCGUUGACUCCCACCCUUUUUCUUAAAUAUCUAGCCAAGAUUUCAGCCAAUUAAAAAUAAUAAUUCAAUUAUAAUAAUUCAAUUAUUUUUUGAGGAUUUUCGGAUGAUCAGUGUUUCGAAUGUUUUAAAUGUCUAAAAAUUAGGGGGAUGUUUAAAAUUUUGGGAAAAUUGGAAACUAUUAGAUUUGGGGGUUGUUAAAAAUUAAGAUAUGAGGUGAAUAAUUAGUAGACAAAUACCAGACAGUCUACACCACCACAAGCUGCCUUUGAUCCCUUUAGUGGACUAACUAGUUUAUGUGUAUACUUUUUCUACCCUUAUUUGUUUCCUUCCCAAAUCAACAUCAUUUCCUCAAAAAAAGAACAACCGUAAUGUCCCCUUAAAUAGUACAGAUACUAAAGCAUACUAAAAAAAUUACAGUCAUGUUGUAGUAAGUAUCACGUGGGAUUUAUGACAAGAUUUCAUCGUCUUUUUGAAGGUCUUUGUACUGUUCAUAUCUUAAUUAGUAAAUUGAGCACAGAAUAUUAUGUUAUUGUGUUUGUUGUUGCGGACACCUGCGACCAUCAAUUCUCAAGAAAAUCGGAGACAACCAAUUUGGGGCUAUCCCAGAAUCCUCAACAACGCAUGCGCUUAUCAGUAUGGUGCACUCCUUGACCAAACACACUGAUGGUACAGGAUCCACCGUCAGGGUCGUCUUAUUCGAUUACCAGAAGGCUUUCGAUUUGAUAGACCACACGUUUCUCGCUAUGGACAUGCCGGUUGGCGUAUCGUUUUGGAUCAUCGAUUUCCUUACAGAUCGCACGCAGAGAGUCAAAUUGGGAGAACAUUGCUUCUCUGAAUGGAGGAACGUACCGGCAGGGGUGCCUCAGGGAACCAAGCUCGGUCCGUGGCUGUUUAUUCUCAUGAUCGAUGACAUCAACACCAGUAACACGGAACUGUGGAAAUACGUGGAUGACACAACUAUUGCAGAGUGUGUUGACAAGAAGGAAGACAGCCGUAUCCAAUCUGAUUUGGAGGAACUGAUCGCUAAGUCUAACCAAAACAAGUUCCAGUUAAACGAGUCGAAGUGUAAGGAACAAAGAAUUUCGUUCGCUAAAUCAGCGCGGACUUUGCUCCCAUUGUUAUCAACGGGAAAGCAAUAGAGGUAGUGUCCACUGUUAAGUUGUUAGGUCUAAAUAUAUCAUCCGACCUUCGGUGGAACUGUCAUGUUGCUGAAAUAAGUAAAAAAGUAGCGAGUCGAUUAUAUUUGUUUAAACAACUGAAGAGAGCGAAUAUUCCCGCCAAAGAUCUGCUAAUCUUUUACUUGACCUGUAUCCGCCCAGUAACGGAAUACGCAUGCCCGGUGUUUCACAACGCGCUUCCCGCAUAUUUAUCCGCAGAGNGAAGGAAGACAGCCGUAUCCAAUCUGAUUUGGAGGAACUGAUCGCUAAGUCUAACCAAAACAAGUUCCAGUUAAACGAGUCGAAGUGUAAGGAACAAAGAAUUUCGUUCGCUAAAUCAGCGCGGACUUUGCUCCCAUUGUUAUCAACGGGAAAGCAAUAGAGGUAGUGUCCACUGUUAAGUUGUUAGGUCUAAAUAUAUCAUCCGACCUUCGGUGGAACUGUCAUGUUGCUGAAAUAAGUAAAAAAGUAGCGAGUCGAUUAUAUUUGUUUAAACAACUGAAGAGAGCGAAUAUUCCCGCCAAAGAUCUGCUAAUCUUUUACUUGACCUGUAUCCGCCCAGUAACGGAAUACGCAUGCCCGGUGUUUCACAACGCGCUUCCCGCAUAUUUAUCCGCAGAGCUAGAACAGCUACAGAAGCGCGCCAUGCGAAUUAUUUUUCCGUUUGCAUUACAUCAAGCCAACUUGGAAUUGAAUUAGUUGGUUGGACGUGGUCAGAGCAGGAGGUCAAACCGUAUUUUGCCAUAGUCUUUUUUUGAUGAGUGCUUAAAUUGCGUGUCAUUACGAUGACCCUAACUAAAUACACUAGGAAAGGAAAUUGUUGAUCUCACGUACGAUACAGUGAAGGACUAUGUCAAAAAACACUAUUGGCUACAAUAGCUACAAACUUUUCUUGUUUUAAGAAAAUAAAAAAAGUCUCUAUUUCUAUUUUUACUUAAUGAAUUAUGGCAUUACACUUAAGUUAGAAAUACAUUUAUCAAAUUUAUUGUCACGUUCAGUGUAAUCCAGGCUUGUAGUGACAGAUUUGAAAAAAAAAACAUGAAUUUAGACUGUCCCAAUGACAUAUACUAGGUUUAGUUCUUAACAGUGUUAACUUAUCUCGAAAUUUCACAACUUGUAGAUUUUCUUACUUUCUAAGCAUCCUUCUUAUACACAUCAAUAUUUACCCCCGAUUACCUCGAUUUAUACACCGGGUUUUAAGCAAAAUUGAAGAUAUUUAAUUGAUUCAAAAUGGCGGAUCAAAGAUGGUGAAUGAUUUAAGAUCCUUCUAAUAAAUGACGCUAUCAUGGCAUCACUGCUAUUGUUAAAGAUAACUAAUGUGUCAGCCAACGUCUUGAUCUUGUCACAUACCUUGCUAUAAGUAAUUUUCAUUUGGAGAGGAAAAAUUGAUGGAAUUUUUCAUUCUGCCAAUAAUUAGUUCAACAAAAUGACGUAAUCAUGGCAUCAAAUUACGUCAUUGUGUCAAUCAAGUUAUGCUUAGAUGGUGGCCAUGGAAAUGUGAGGAGUUCAUUUGGUGGCUGUACCACCAGCGGUUUUGAUGUUAUCGAAGGGGGCUCCAGGAGGCCAUCCCCUGUCGCAAGGUGCAAAAAAAAGACCUGGUAUGAUAGGGUUAACAGACCUUAUAACGGGUUGAGUGCUCAAUGGCUUAUCGUGACAAGACAGCAUAUUGAACUGUUAUUUACUUUACAAAAAAUAGUGACAAUAUGAGGAGAAAGAUAGUCUAAAGAAUUCUGUUAUAACCCUACUUCGCCCUCAAAAGAUAGUUGAACACUUCGGUAAAGAUAACGAAGGCAAAUUUAAAUGAUUAGAAGACAACGUACAUGGUAUUUGUGCUAAUAAUUAUUAUGCUUCGGAGAUUUCACUGUAUUUUAUAAUUCCACUGCCUUAACUUAUUCUUCUGUUUGUGGGCCGAUGAAUACCCUUUCUACGUUUGUGUUGUACUUCGUACGUGACUGGUUAGACAAAUACUAAUAGUGUUAUACAGUAUAGAAUCCCGUUUUUCGAAUCAUCUUGGGGAAAAAGCUUUAUCAAUUGGUUUGAAUCAUCAGGAGGUCCAAAAAUCAGAAAUAUAAUUUCAGUUUAAUGACAAUGGAAGGGAAGUCAGUUUGUGACUAUUUGGACAGCAUUUCUUAAGCGAAACCCCGUGUUUUUGGCUAUUGUCGGCAGAGAAAAUGAAAAGAGAGCUUUGAAACGUGAACUGGUAUUUGACUCUCAAAAAAAACAACAGCUCAAACUGAGGAAAACACUGCCUCCUUCGAGUUACAACGGUUAACCACGUUUCGGCAAACGGAAAGUAACAUUAGUCUGUUAUGACCUCUUAAUAACGAUAUGUAUUCUCGUGGUUAACCGUUGAAACUGCUUAUUUGCACCACAUCGCUGGAAUUUUUCUCGCCAAGAAUACGUAUUGCGAAGCACUUUCUACAUAGCGGAAUCUUCUUUUGCCUUUUGUGAGGAAUUAGCGCAUAAAAAAGGAAGAUUUUCCAGCGCACGGCCGUCAUCGAUCAAGUGUUAUCCCGCUUUCCUUGUCAUCAAGUGAACUUCUGGGCCAAAGUAAUUGCUGUUUUGGCGAUGAUACAAACUGGUGUGUCUAUCUUGAAAACAAUUUCUUUGGCAUUCUGUGAUUUACGAGCAGGGAAAUGAAAUAGUUGUCCAUCCAACAUCAAUAAAAAAUCAUGCCACUGAAUAAAUGGCAGGCGGUCAUCUAAAAUCAUUACAACUAAAGUACAUUCCUAACCUGGUCUAACCUGUUCGACGGCUACCUACGCUAAAGGUUUGGAUCAGUUAGGUUUGAAAAGGUCUCCAAAAAAAAAAAAAAAACUCAUAUAUAUAUAGGGCAUAGCACAAACGGCUGGCUCAUCAUUUCACGUCCUUUCACUAAUGGCACAAGUCAAUGUCAAAAAUAAUGCAUGUCCCCUCCGUUACUUUGCAGCACUUCAUUCGCUUAAGUUAACCAUUUACCAGAACAAUUUUCAUUGUACCCUAGUGUUUCCAUCCUUUUUCCACUAUUGAUAAUACUUGCGAGAACAUUACAUCCGCAGCAACGGCAUUGAUCACAACACAAAUGAUUUCCUCUCGACCCGACAGGGUAUCAGGAACGCGCGCGGGAGUGCAAGAUUAAGUAAUGACAUACGCUUCGUACAUUUUACUCUACGCAUACUACAAAUCAGGACGAAACCUUACAAAUUGUUGUUUAUAAACAAACAAUUUCGCCCAUAGAGUAACGUCAUCGCACAAAAAUUCAGCAGCGUCAAAACUCUAGCCGGAAAACACAGAUACAUGUUUCAGACAAUGAGGGACAAAAGUAGUUGACACACUUGUUUAAAACGGGUGCUUUUUAACAAACAUUUAAUUCAUUUAUUAUUUCAUUCUUUUUAAACGCCGUAAAUCCCCUCACGCCCCGAAUCAAUGUUGUCUGAAGUAAAAAAAAGACUUGAGGGUCCAAAAUUCAACAUUGAUUUUGGGGGGAAGGGGUUGGGGUAGACAGGGGAAGGGGAUAAGUAUAUCCACUAUGCAAAAAGGGGCCAUUUUAUGGAAGUGUGUCAACACUUUUGUCCCUCAUUGUAGCUAGGUUUCUUCCUAAUAAGAUCUUAUAAGCCGAUCACUGGUAUUAAUCAGCUUUUGAAUUCGAGUAAGGUCAAUACAAUUAAUCGAAUAUCACACCAAUCCUCUGCAGAUAACCUAGUAUAUAAUAUAUACCAGUUGAUGCAUAUGCACGGCUAUCGGCAGAGUGCUCAAUAGAAGGACUAGAGCUUAGUAUAAUCAAGGUUGUCUGGUGUCAACGUGAGAUUAGACUUGGCAUUUUUAUUACUACUUAGUUUCGUACCGCACUGCAUGUACGGCACUCCUCAGAUAAAAUUGCCAGUAUAUAAUAUAUAAUAUUGAUGACUGCUUAAUUUUCCAACGCAAAUCAGGGUUUUUGUCAUCAUGAUGAUCUUACAUAAACAAAUAGUAAGAAAAUAAUUGAUUAUCUCACGUACUGUACAAUGAAAGACUACUAAACUCGUCCUGGCUGCAAAAUUUGCCCGUUUAGUCUUAUAGAAAAAAUUUACCCAUAAGCAAUACAGUUGAUCCCAUGAAGCGGCCACCCUCAGGGUACCGCCAAUUGGCGGUAUCACGUGGGAUUAUCUGGAAAGAUUUCAUCGUCUCUUUUGGGGCUUUGUACCGAUUACGAUUGAUUAUUACUCAGAGAAUAUUAUGUUAAUUUGUUGGGUGGGGAAAGGGUAGAACAGCCCGUCAAACCGUUGCCAUGGUUUUUUGAUGAGAGCUUAAAUUUUGUGUUACGAUGACUAACUAAAAAUACGUCUAAAGGAAAUUGUUAAUCUCACGUAGGUUACGGUGAAGAACCAUUAAACAUUUGUUUGCUUCAAACUUGCUCUUUUACUCUAAAGAAAUUCCGCUAUGCUCAUGAUCAGUAAUUUAACAUUAACACACUCAAUCACGUGAUCACCUGCAAAAACUUCACGAGCUGGCCCUGCAGAGAGAUAAACUUGGUAGACUGUAGUCUGUCAAGUAUAGAGCGGAAUUCUUAAUUAAAAAGAUAUAAGGCGUUAAUUUCAGAGAUGACAAAUUUAUUAUUUAAAUUUAUAUCUUGCUGGCAAACUUUAAAUUGUGAAAUCUGCUUUAUACAUGACACACUUAUCUAGAAGUUUUGACCGAUCAUUUAUUAAAUUCUCCUAAUCUUGCAUCAUUCCACAAUGUCUGUAUCAAAAUCGCCUCUAAAACAGCCGAGAUAUAAGCGUUUAAAAAGAUGUAGCACAAACAAAAUUUUGCCCUAUGAAUUUAUUCGAUGAUAGCUAAUAGCACUGUUCCCCAGGGCUCUAUAUGCUACCUAUUGAUUGGUGUCAACCUUGAUGGACAUGAAGUUUAUUAUUUACAUGCAGAUCUUUUUCUUACUUUCCUGAUCGCCAAGGCGUUAUAUGUUACAGUUAAAGUUACCGACUUUCUUCGAAAGUUUCAAAGUGCUUAAUUUGUAACAUUACUUCUCGGUUUUCUCUCCCUGCUAAAUUAAAUAACUUUCUUUGGAGGGUAGUAUCCCGGUCCCUUGGGUGAAUGAGCUAAAGGAAAAAAUAAGAGAAAAAUUUAGAUAAAUCUUGUAUAAUUAUGUAAUUUUGUAAAAAAUGACCAGAAGACUAUUUAAUAGUCACCUAUCAUAUCACGAACGAAACCAUAGCCGGAAAGAACCCAUCAAAACGCAGGAUUAUUAGUCUUAUCAUCAAUAUUGACAUCCAUUUUUUGAUGAUUAGUACCAUCUGUUGCUUUCCUGAGAAGAAUACUAAAAAUUAAAAUUAACCUGCGUUGUUGGACAUUUAAUAUCUUAUAACUAUAUGAAAGAAGCUAUGUUCGUGAGAAGAAUGUAAUUGCAAGGUUUAUUAUCCCCUGUGUCUAUUAAUCAAAAUUCACAGGACAUAUUAAAUAAUGUACAAUGCCGAAUUCGCUCGACCACGAACAGAUGAAUCAUGAUGAUUGGUAAUUAAGUUGACCUUUUCUUGACAAACACAAUAUCCUCGGUAAGAAUUUAAAUCAAAUUUGAAUAACCUUCAAGAAGAAAUAAAGUUUAUCGCCAGACUUAUGGUCCAAGGUCGCAUUGCAGAAUAAGGAUGGCAAUGGAAAAAAAUUUUACCGGAGAAGAAAGUCGGAAAACAGUUGGAGAACUGUACUGCUCAGAAAAACUUAAGGAGGAAAGACUCAGUGAGCUUAUAUUUGUUUCAGUGCUAAAUAUUUUUCUGUCUAUAACUGCAUUUCUGGGGAACACUCUAAUUCUAGUUGCCCUGUACAAGAGGAUUUCACUUAAUAAACCGUCGAAACUCCUGUUACGUAACCUAGCGCAAACUGAUCUAUGUGUUGGCAUCAUUGCGGAGCCUCUGUUUGUUGCUUAUUUGAUGUCCGUCGUAACAGAGAGAUGGGAUAUUUGCUAUUACACAGAUGACGCAAGUCAAAUCACUGGCACCAUUUUGUGUUCAGUCUCUUUGUUCACAUCGACUGCCAUAAGUGUGGACAGGCUUCUUGCCCUUAUAUUGGGGCUCAGAUACAGACAUAUUGUAACUAUGAGAAAAGCACAUAUAAGUGUAUUUUUUAUAUGGGUUUUCUCAGCUCUCAUUGGCGCAGCAACCUACGCUUUGGAUCCUCUAAUACUUGGCUGGUCUUCGUUUCUAACUAUAUUACUAUGUGUUGUCAUCUCAAGUCUGUGUUAUGCUAAAAUUUUCUUUACCUUACGACAAAGGCAAUUUCAAGUUCAAGACGGCGCUUUUCAAGGAAAACGGAACCAGACAAUUCCACUGAAUAUAGCUCGAUACAGAAAGGCAGUCUACAAUUCACUGUGGGUGCAGGUAACAUUGCUUGUUUGUUAUCUGCCGUUUGGUAUAGCUAUGGCCUUAAGUCCUGAAUCGCCUGAAAAAAGUGAGAUAACUUCCUCGGUUUACCUCGCAGGGAAUAUUACACUCUCUUUUGUUUUAGCAAACUCGUCAUUAAACCCCUUUCUUUAUUGUUGGAGGAUCAGAGAGGUAAGGAAAGCAGUUAAAGAGACAAUCAGGCACUUCUUCUGUUUAUCUUAUUAGGUUAUAUGCUAUGUUGUAUUCAUUAACUAGACGUCGGGCAGUAAGGGUAUAUCGCGUAAUGGAAACCCGAUCUCGGAGCCAAAGAUUUCGUACAGCGUUAAUAAAGCAAUGAAACGAUAAGAAAUUUCGUAAACAUUAUUGUUUAUCGACGAGUAAGUCAAUCACUAUCUUCAAUCUCAUUGUGCUUUCAAUAUGUUGGGUAACGAGGCUAAAAUAUAAAGAAAGUAAUGUAGACUCGAUCACCUUAAAAAUUGUGUAAGCCCUGGCUUUUAAACAACAUUCAACUAAGAAGUUUCGUAAAGCUGUAAGAUAAUCACCUCGUCAUCUUCGAUUCAUGCUCAAGCCUUUCACCGGCAAGACGAACUAUCUUUGGAAAGACUAGCGAGGAGGACGAAUAAUUCAAUACUAUCUGAAUACAGGGAAAUAUUGACGGAGAAAGUACUCCUCUAAUUACGUAAUAAGUCUUCUUUGUUACCACGGAAAUUAAUCUCAGCUCACAAAGAGAAUGUCUUAAUAGACACAAUUUCUUUCAAUUAUUGAUUAAAAUGGACAAAAUUCAGGACUCUAUGUGAAAAUGAUGCCAUAAAUCAAAUAUAACUGUCACAUCGGGGAGAUUUAUUUCGAUCUUCAAGGAAAGAUAAACGCUGAGUUUUUAAUGUUCGUACAGUGUUGAUAUCUCUGAUGGAAAAGUCAGGUCAGCUUUCUGUUACCAAAACCAAAAAACAUAAUUCAUAAUUUAAAAACAAGAUGGAAUUUUCAGUUUUUUUUUUCAAACAAUUUUUACAUGUCACGUAGGAUAACGUACUCUAAAAUUUUGUUAAUCAAUGACGAUUCGGGUCAAACAUAGCAGCUGUUUAAAGAGCAUUAUUUCACUGAAUUGAUCUGCAUUUUAACGAAAUUUAAAUAUUUAGGUGGCAGUCUGAUUAAAAGCAUUAUUUUUCGUUGACUCCCACCCUUUUUCUUAAAUAUCUAGCCAAUAUUUCAUUCAAUUAAAAAACGACUCGGCGUUGGAGUCCUUAAUUCAAUUAUUUUUUGAGGAUUUUCGGAUGAUCAGUGUCUCGAAUGUUUUAGAUGUCUAAAAAUUAGGGGGAUGUUUAAAAUUUUGGGAAAAUUGGAAGUUAUUAGAUUUGGGGGUCGUUAAAAAUUAAGAUAUGAGGUGAAUAAUUAGUAGACAAAUACCAGACAGUCUACACCACCACAAGCUGCCUUUGAUCCCUUUAGGGGUCUAACUGGUUUAUGUGUAUACUUUUUCUACCCUUAUUUGUUUCCUUCCCAAAUCAACAUCAUUUCCUCAAAAAAAGAACAACCAUAAUGUCCCCUUAAAUAGUACAGAUACUAAAGCAUACUAAAAAAAUUACAGUCAUGUUGUAGUAAGUAUCACGUGAGAUUUAUGACAAGAUUUCAUCGUCUUUUUGAAGGUCUUUGUACUGUUCAUAUUUUAAUUAGUAAAUUGAGCAUAGAAUAUUAUGUUAAUUAGUUGGUUGGACGUGGUCAGACUUUUUUUGAUGAGUGCUUAAAUUGCGUGUCAUUACGAUGAUCCUAACUAAAUAUACAAGGAAAGGAAAUUGUUGAUCUCACGUACGAUACAGUGAAGGACUAUUUCAAAAAUUACUAUUGGCUACAAUAGCUACAAACUUUUCUUGUUUUAAGAAAAUAAAAAAAAGUCUUUAUUUCUAUUUUUACUUAAUGAAUUAUAGCAUUACACUUAGGUUAGAAAUACAUUUAUCAAAUUUAUUAUCACGUUUAGUGUAAUCCAGGCUUGUAGUGACAGAUUUGAGAAAAAAACAUGAAUUUAAAAUGUCCCAAUGACAGAUCUUAACAGUGUUAACUUCUCUCGAAAUUUCACAACUUGUAGAUUUUCUUACUUUCUAAGCAUUCUUCUUAUAGACAUCAAUUUUUACCCCCGAUUACCUCGAUUUAUACGGGUUUUAAGCACAAUUGAAGAUAUUUAAUUGAUUCCAAAUGGCGGAUCAAAGAUGGUGAAUGAUUCAAGAUCCUUCUAAUAAAUGACGUCAUCAUGGCAUCACUGCUAUUGUUAAAGAUAACUAAUGUGUCAGCCAACGUCUUGAUCUUGUCACAUACCUUACUAUUUAAGUAAUUUUCAUUUUGAGAGGAAAAAUUGAUGGAAUUUUUCAUUCUACCAAUAAUUAGUUCAACAAAAUGACGUAAUCAUUGCAUCAAAUUACGUCAUUGUGUCAAUCAAGUUAUGCUUAAAUGGUGGCCAUGGAAAUGUGAUGAGUUCAUUUGGUGGCUGUACCACCAGCGGUUUUGAUGUUAUAGAAGGGGGCUCAAGGAGGCCAUCCCCUGUCGCAAGGUGCAAAACAAAGACCUGGUAUGAUAGGGUUAACAGACCUUAUAACGGGUUGAGUGCUCAAUGGCUCAUCGUGACAAGACAGCAUAUUUAACUGUUAUUUACUUUUAAAAAAAUAGAGAGAAUAUGAGGAGAAAGCUAGUCUAGAGAAUUCUGUUAUAGCCCUACUUCGUCCACAAAGGAUAGUUGAACACUGCGGUAAAGAUAACGAAGGCAAAUUUAAAUGAUUAGAAGAGAACGUACAUGGUAUAGCUUGGUAUUUAUACUAAUAAUUAUUAUGCUGCGGAGAUUUCACUGUAUUUUAACUCCACAGCCUUAACUUAUUCUUCUGUUUGCAGGCCGAUAAAUACCCUUUCUACGCUUGUGUUGUAUUUCGUACGUGACUGGUUGGACAAAUACUAAUAGUGUUAUACAGUAGAAUCCCGUUUUACGAAUUAUCUGGGGGAAAAAGCUUUAAUUUAUUAAUUGCUUUGAAUCAUCAGGAGGUCCAAAAAUCAGAAAUAUAAUUACAGUUUAAUGACAAUGGAAGGGAAGUCAGUUUGAGGUCGAAUCAUAAGUUGAGUUUGUGACUCAGAGAUCUGGGGAGGUUCGGAACACGUACUGAGAACGUAGGUGUUCUAAUCAUAACAAGGGUAAUAAUCAAUGUUUUCACAUCAAUCUUUAGAACAGAUCUAAAAGAAGCAGCUUGAUAUGUUUUAACCAUGAGUCUAUGAAAGCAUUCUUUUUCAACUGAGCCAAGAAGCGCAGUUAUGGCUCAGUUAUUGUUUAUUUUUCACGUCCAAAACGGCUCCUGAGUUUUGAACCAUAUAAAAAACGUAGCAGUGCUAAAAUACUUUGAAAUCAGGUUCUUCCUAUUCAUAGAGUCACAGACUAAUAAAUUUCAAGUCUACUAAUAAGUUUGACAUGAGUUUAUUUGUCACCAACACAAAGCUACCUGUCAUAAACGGACUCGUUUGCUUUAUUGGAACAGGAAAAGCGUUGUAAAGUCAACACUUCCCUAUACGGCUUUCCCGACUGUCGCACAAGAUCACUUUUCUUUUCAUUUCCUUUUGCUUUAUGAUUAUUGAUAACAAUUUGAUCUAAUUCAAAUAACAGGCACCAUUGACAACAAUAUACAAUCCACAAAAAGGUUAUUACUUUUUUCGGCUUUUGUCCUGUAGCCCGUCCCAUUAUAAGUUCAAUUUAAACAUAUCGAAGGAAGCUUACAAGAAAGUUAUGUUUUUAAGGGUUAAAGAACAAUAAGAAGUAGGAUAUUCUUUAUAAUUGCAUGAAAACCGUGGGUUUAUAUUGAUUAAACAUGUCAAACAUGAAAGAUCGCCAAAAGAAGUUACCACGCACUUUGCUUGCAUUUUUACUGACACGAUUGAAAUGUUAGCACGACGACCUUCGUAAUAGGAAACCAUAUAUGACAAAGCAAAACUCACUCAGCGCCCCUACUCAACAUUAGAAGAGAGAUGGCAGAACUAACACAUCUUGCUAAAAACAAGCAAAACAUAACAAAAUUGCACUGUUCAGCAGAAUUCACCGCUGAAGUUCAUGACGAGAUUAUCGUCCUUUCAGUGCUAAAUAUUUUUUUGUCCAUUACUGCAUUUCUGGGGAACACCCUUAUCCUAGCCGCCCUGCGCAAAGAAAAAUCACUUCAUUCGCCGUCCAAACUCCUGUAUCGCAACCUAGCAGUAACUGAUCUCUGUGUUGGCAUCAUCGCGGAACCCCUCUUUAUUACUUAUUUGAUGUCUUUGAAGACUGGAAGAUGGGAUAUUUGCUAUCAUGUUUUUGCGGUAGCUGGUUUUGCUGGUUAUAUCUUGUGCGGAGUGUCUUUGUUGGCAUCGACUGCAAUAAGCCUGGACAGACUUCUUGCCCUGUUGUUAGGGCUGAGAUACAGACAAGCUGUAACUUUGAAAAAAGUCUAUAUAUCUGUAUUCUUUAUGUGGGUAUUGUCCAUUGUUGGCUCGUCAAGCAUUUUUUGGAGUCCUUAUAUAUUUAUACCGUUUCUCUACACAGUUCUGUCAUUUUGUUUACCCACAAUAAUUUUCUCUUACCUAAAAAUUUUUUUCACCCUCCAUCAUCACCAAAUUCAAGCCCAUCAGGGCCAGGUUCCUCAAGUACAACCGAAUCAAGCAAUUCCACUGAACAUAGCUCGAUACAGAAAGGCGGUGUACAGUGCACUGUGGGUGCAGGGAACAUUGGUUGUUUGUUAUCUGCCGUUUGUCGUUCAAGCCUUGAUUCACUAUGAAAGCUCUGAGUUUUCUUUAUCGGGUUACCUUGGUAAUACGUUCACAUAUACUUUGGUUUUUCUCAACUCGUCAUUAAACCCUUUCAUUUAUUGCUGGAAGAUCAAAGAAGUAAGACAAGCGGUUAAAGAAACAAUAAGACAUUUAAUAUGCUGCUUAUCAAACUAGUUGAUCGGCAAUUAAAAUUCAGCCAACUGAAUUGAGAUCAGCACGGGUGUGCCCUCAAAAUGUUGCGUAAAACUAACAGUACUGAAAAGGCAGCAUGUUUUCGCUUCUUUCUGUUCAAUCUUUACAUCAACAUAUCAAACGGUAAAGAGAAUUACAGAGAAACAGGUAGAAAGUUUAUUAACCAGUAAAUUAACAAAUUUGAAAUCGUCCUCAGUUAUAGACUAAAGUGAUGUAACAUGUUACAGCUUCUUUGGGAAACUAUCAUUGGAUGCGACAUCCAGCCCCGUACCUAUGACGUCAGGGUUCCCACAGGGUUCGAUUCUGGACCCUAUGUUAUAUGUGAUUUCUCUGGCUGAUGCAGUUAGAUCAAGCCAGAUCGCGACCAUUGCGAUGAUACAAAGGUACGUUUUCAAAGAGAUUACAUGAACGAGCGAUGUAGGACAACUAUAAGAGGACUUAUCUGACCUAGCCACCUGAUCCAAUUUUGCUGGCCUAAAUUAAACUUUAACUACAGCAAAAGCAAAGAGCAGCGCAUCACUAGGAAACUUACGCCUGUCACCUAUGGCUAUCACAAGGGCGGCUCUCAGCUUGAAGCUUUCCCGGCGGAGUGUUAACAUCGCGGAUGAACUUCGGUGCAAGAAGUAGAUCAAUAAGCAAUGCGCUAAGGUCAGCAGGCUCCUGCGAUGUGAGUAGAAACCAUUUUCGUCGAAAGCACUGCGGUUAGACCUCAACCAUUAAAAGACUCACUGAAUAAGAUGAAAUACGGUUUAUUUCAAGUAGAAUUCAAGAAAAUGUACUCCUUAUUAAGGUCAAAGAGACAAAAUUCAAGGAUCUUGGUGGAAAAGUAGACAGCUGUUUACAUGCGGAUUGGGUGUAGCUACCUGUACGCACGUGCGCACGUACGCACGUGCGCACCCAUGUUGAAGAUUGGUGAAUAAAAAAAGUUCCGACCAUUGCGUGCUGACGUCCGACCGUACAGUUUACAUUACAAUGUAAAGAGAACACGUGCAGAUAAACUAUUGUACUCUUAAUACGCGACAUGUCAGGAAGCUAGGGGUAACAACAUCCAUAAAACCCAACCUUUUCAAUCGACCAAAGCAGCAAAAAACAUGGCUCAUAGAAAUUCCGAACUGUGCCUAUAGUCAUAAGGUCGGAAGUAAGGCCGAGUGAUUUUUCAGGUUUUGAGGGCGCAUCAAAAUUAAGUUCUGAUCGUCACAAAAUGAUAGGGAGCACGAAAUUAUACGUCCAACCGUUGCUAGGUACCGUAUAAGGGAAAAUUUAAAGCAAUAGAUGGGGUCUUAAAUUUCCCACCUAAACAGUUUUGUGUGGAGGAAAAAGGUUAUUCGGGAUUCGCUAAAUUGCGCAAAACUGAACAAAAAGUAUUAAACGUUAAAUGGGCUUCAAUUUUUUCUAGUUUCCAGAGUUUUUGGACACGAGUCAUGUGAUACUAAUGCUUUACUUGCUGAUAAUUGAAAAAAAAAAACGUUUCUAGCAAUUAAAUAAACGCCCAGUGCGUAAAAAACUGUGUGAAUAUAGAUCAUUUGCUAAUUUUUUUAAUACGCUUUCGACUAAUUACUAUUUCAAUGAUUUGACGUGAGGUUCUUGGUCACCAACAUGAAAUUUAAUAACUAUGAACAUUAACAGACAAAUUUGUCAUGCAGGAACAAAAACUGUGUCUAAAGGUAAAUAUUUCCUCAUCGAGUAGCAUGAAAGAUCAUUUUCCGUAUUUGACAUUUAUGUGAUUUGCUUUCGAUGUGCAUUUGAGGUUUAUAUGAUUUACAUUACUGAAUACUAUAUACAAUCAAUUUACAUUCGUUUCCUCGUUUUCUCUCUUUUCUUCCAUCACCGUCAAAUUCAAAAUCGAUUGUCCCGAUUAGUGCCCCCGAUUAGUGUUUUCCGACAUGUUUAUAAAGUUAUUGAUUGAUUGACUGAUUGAAUAAAUGAAUGUUAUUUAAUAUAUAGAAAUAUAAACCUGUUCUUGUAAUCACCGGGGUAAUGAGUAUCCCAAUGGGAUAUUUAUUACGCGUGUAAUAGAUAAAAUAUCACACGAAAGAAAGUUGAAACGACAUGACUAACAAUUCGAUUAACAUGGAUUGAUGAAAUAUUAAGAAUACGAUAUCUUCGAUGUAAAAAGCCAUAAUUAUCGUUACCAAGCUCGCGAUCACUUGCACGUACUCAAUAUUGAAGAGAAAAUGAUGACAGGCCCAACGCUUGAAAAAGCGAUCACAGAAUUCUAUUGUUCAGUAGAGCUAACCAACGUCCAUGAGGAGUUAAUCGUCCUUUCCACGCUAAACAUUUUUCUGUCCAUUGCUGCGUUUUUGGAGAACACUCUAAUCUUCACGGCUCUACGCAGGAAAAAUUCACUUCACAAAGUAUGUGAAUGAAUUCAACACUACAGUCUUGUGUUCGGGAUACCAUUGAAGAUGGCAAUACCAAAACAGGGAGAACUGUUCUAUUACUCCGAGAAACUUACAAGG